GCCGGCCAGUAGCUUGCGGGCCGAGCUUCGGCGCAUCGUAACAUCAUGAACCCGUUCCAACAGUGAAGUAGGAAGACAGAUUGUUCCUACUUUAUCCAACCAACCCGCCUACCCAUAUACCAUACACACACGGUAGAUACGACGAACAGCUGAAGACGAAUCAGCUUCACUCCACACAAAAGAAGCAUCACCAAAUCGCCCAUCAUGUCUGGCCCCGGCGUCGGUUUCGAGUAUCCUCCCACAGAGGUGUCAUGGAUGAAGCGUGACGUCCUUCUGUUUGCCAACUCAAUUGGCUGCAAGUCUGAUGAGCUUCACUUUUUAUACGAGCUGCACCCCGACUUUGCCGUCUUCCCUACCUAUCCCGUCGUUCUGCCCUUCAAGACCAACACCCAGGAGGUGAUCGACUUCUACGCCGCCCAAAAGUCCGUCACCAUCCCCGGCGUUCCCGAGUUCGACCCGACCCGCGUCGUCGACGGCCAGCGCCGCAUCGAGUUCCUCCGCCCCCUGCCCGCCACCUCUGCAGGCAAGCGCUUCGAGGCCCGCACCAAGGUGCUGGGCGUGUAUGACAAGGGCCGCCCGGGCACCGUGGUGGAGACACAGACGGACCUGGUCGACGCCGGCACGGGCGACGUGUACACGCGCGCCACGGGCUCGGCAUUUUACGUCGCGCAGGGCAACUGGGGCGGACCCAAGGGCCCCGCGACGGUCAACUACCCGCCGCCCAAGGGCAAGACGCCCGACGCCGUGCUCGAGGAUGCCACCACGCUCGAGACCCCGCUGCUGUACCGCCUCAACGGCGACUACAACCCGCUGCACGCCACGCCCGAGCCCGGCGCGAAGAUGGGCUUCGGCGGAGUCAUCGUCCACGGCCUCUGGCAGUGGAACUCGACCUGCCACCAGCUGCUGCGCCACCUCGGCGGCAGUGACCCCCGCAACAUCAAGGAGUACCAGGCCCGCUUCGCCAGCCCCGUCCGCCCGGGCGUCAAGCUUGCCACCUCGGUCUGGAGGACCGGUAAGGUCGAGGAUGGCUUUGAAGAGAUCAUCUUUGAGACCAAGGUCGUCGGUGGCAAGACCUGCCUCAGCAACGGCCGCGCCUUGAUCAAGGUCGUCGGCCCUGCAAAGGGUGCCAAGUUGUAAUCGGUGAGCCUGUAUUCAGUAAGAUGUUGUUUUUCCCAAAGCGUUUUUUUUUGGGGGGGAUAUGAAUUAUGUCUGGCUAUUUAGGUAUAUAUAUAUAUAUAUAUAUAUAAGCUUGCUUGUUAUCUAUAAAGAGAAAAAAUGAAAAAGGUAUAUUUGUUGGUCG